CUAAUUUUCUGUGAGUUUCAUCUUCUUCAUCAUAUCUUCAUGUCAAAGCUACCUCCUUCUGCUUAUGGAAAGGUUGUUACUAUUCUCAGUAUCGAUGGAGGUGGUGUUAGGGGCAUCAUCCCAGCAAUUAUUCUGCGAUACCUUGAGGAACAGCUUCAGAUAUUCGAUGAAAAUGCAAGAAUUGCAGACUAUUUUGAUGUGAUCGGCGGAACCAGCACCGGUGGACUUAUCACAGCCCUACUUGCAACACCAGACAAAAGUCAACGUCCUAAAUUCACCGCUCAAGAUAUUGUAGAUUUCUACAAAAACGAAGCCAAACGUAUUUUUCCAGAACCAAGCUGGACAAGAAAAAUCGAAACCUUUUUCAAUAAACCCAAGUACGAUGGUAAGUAUUUACGUGAGACCAGUAGAAACAAAUUGCAGGGAACAAAGCUGCACGAGACAUUGACCAAUGUUGUAAUUCCGACCUUCGACAUGAAGCAAGUCCGACCUGUUAUUUUCUCAAGCUUCAAGCUGGGAACAAUGCCCUCUAUUGAUGCCAAGCUCUCAGAUAUUUGUGUUGGGACUUCAGCUGCACCAACGUAUCUUCCUCCACAUUAUUUUUCCAACGAUGGCAAAGAAUUCAAUUUGAUUGAUGGCGGCGUUAUAGCAAAUAAUCCGGCUUUGAUUUCAAUAAGUGAGAUCAUAGAGCAAAAGAAGAAGAGGAACACAGAAUGCUUACAAGUGGAGCCAAAUGAUUAUUCAAAAAUAUAUUUGCUAUCAUUAGGAACUGGAUUUCAGAAGCCAAACAAAGAUUAUGAUGCCAGAGCUGCUGCUAACUGGGGAAGUCUUGCAUGGGCAAGUGGUCCUAUCACUGAAUUAACACUUGAUGGAAGUCAGGACUUGGUUGAUUAUCACCUUGCCUCUGUUUUCCAAGCCCUUGGUUCAAAUAACUAUCUCAGAAUUCAGACCGACAAGUUAAGUGGAGAAAUGGCUAAAAUGGAUGAUGGCUCUGACAAAAACAUGAAGAACCUUGAAGAAUUGGCAAAUCAAAUAUUAGAGCAAAGGGUAACAAGUUUGGACUUAGCAACUUUCGAAUUCAAGGAAGUACCCGAUGGCCCUACAAAUACAGAAGCCCUCAAAGAGGUGGCUGAGUUUCUCUAUAAGGAGAAGCAAGAACGGCUAACAAAGUGUAUCGCAUGACCUUAGAAGUGAAAAUGGCUUUAUAUAUCAAUCGUCCCAAUAAUAAAUGUUGAACUAAAGCUAUAGAAGUGUGUUGUUGUUGAAACAUUAAUCGAUCUCUACAUGUACGUCGAGCUUACUACGAAUUGUCACUUUUAUUCUUCUUCUUGUUGAUUAUAUUUAAUUUGGUUGCGUACUUUGACGUCAAUAUGUGAUUUUAAUUGUUGGAAUUACAUGAAAGAAAGUAAACAUUUCGAGUAUAUUGUAUGGAAAAUUCAUAUGUUGUUUGUCA